GGCAUUGUGCACGAACCGCGACGAGAAAUGGCCAAGGCCAUUUUAGAUGGCGAGCUGCGAACGCUUCGAUCGGCCAGUAGCUGGCUGAAAAGUCAACUAGUCAACGCCCAAGUCAACGCUAGUGACACGAGAAAGGCUAGAACCCUAAGCUCUAGGCCACGGAAAUGAUGAGAUGGGCUAUAGCGGUGGUUUCAGUUUCCACUGCGACAGCUUUGCUUAUUCAAGUUUGGAGAUUGACAAGAAAGUGUGUCAAACUGGAGCUCAAGCUCGUUGAAUCAGACGACGCUUUGCAAAUAUCCCAGAAGCAAAGAGCCGAAGAAAGGACGGGCCGAAUUCGUGCACAGCGUGACUUGCGAAAAAACUUGAUGCAAUGCAAUGUCAUUGGAAAAACUCCCACAUCGUCCUUUCCCAUGACACCAAUCGGGUAUAUGAGAUCAUGUUAUUCAACAAGAAAUGGAACUCCUCGUCAACCUCUCCUCGUAACACUUGCUAAAUCGCGCUUGGUUUUGUCCUCCGGGGUGCCUGCCGCGGCCCUGGACGGGAUUGAGCAGUACUCACACUGCUGGUUAAUCUACGUUUUUCACGAGAACACAGACUUACACAACUUGUGGGAGCUAUCGAGCCAUCGAGACUUCAAGGCUAAGGUACGAGUGCCAAGGCUCAAUGGUGCCAAACUCGGAGUUUUUGCGACUAGAACUCCACAUCGACCGUGUCCUAUCGGCUUAACAGUUGCAAAGGUGGAACGUCUAGAGCAUGGAAUUCUAAUGCUUUCCGGAGCUGAUCUCGUUGAUGGCACGCCCGUGCUUGACAUAAAGCCUUAUCUUCCAUAUUGCGAUUCCGUGAGAGAAGCUUCGGCACCAACGUGGGUCAAUGCCGGCGGAGAGGACGAUCCACUCGCCGUGGCUUCCGUCACCUUCACUGAAGCUUCUCUAAAUGGCCUCGAUGAGUGCUGGAACAAAAUGGAAAGGUUCUCACUCUAUUCCAGUUCCAGAGAGCUACAUGAUUUCAUAGCGCAGGUUCUCUCUUGCGAUAUUCGGUCCUUGAGCCAGCGGCAGAGGCCGCACGAUGGAGUGGUCAGCGAGAUCGCGCAGCCACUCUAUGGCGAUUCUUCCGAGCUCCAUAAUGGAGGAGGGGAUGAAAAGCUCGUGCUUUACAAUGUGAUUCUCGAGGGCCUGAAGAUCUCCUACACAGUUGAUGCCGAUUGCAAGGUGGUGGUAAGGAGUGUCCAAGCCUCAUCACACUUGCUAGAGAAUCCACUUUGGCCAGCGGCAAAAUCUACUUAGAAUUCGAGCUCUCCUCCAGGUCCCUUUUGAUCUUGCUUUUCAACUUUAAAAACUUGCCAGUGGCCCUGCCGAGCACAAGCUAAGCUAUGUCGAUUGAUUGAAAAGGAGUGGCGGGAAUCCAAAGGUCCACCAAAGCUUCUAAGGAAACAAAACAUAUAUUGUUUGUACCACUGUACUUUGUAGUCCUUUUGCUGCAAUGGGAAAACCAAAUAUCCUCGCACUCGUGGUGGUGUUGGUCGACCGCAGCCAAAAUAUUAUUUUUAACACUUUUUUUUUU